UGUCGGUAAACGGGAGACGAGAGGGGAGUGGAGAAUGCUGACUGAGGCGGCGCCACAUCAGAGAGGCGCAGUGAGCGAGAACCGAGGCAGCGAGAAAAAGGACCGGCAGAGUGAGGAGUCGGGUGUGAGAGGAUACGAAGAAGCUAUUCAGUAAAAGAGCGCACGGCGAGCCAAGGCAGAGAAGGACCGAAGGCAAGCGGAGAACAAAGAGCUGAGGAAACAACGGGGAGGAGCACAGCGUUACAAAACGUCGUGGGGGAGAAGAGAAAAAUUACGACUGAUGAGAUAGGUGAACGUAGCAGAAAAAAAGCGUCAAGAACUGCUUCAGCGCGUAUGAAACGCAAGCUUUUUGUACAUAAGUCAGGUUUCUACAAAGAACUUCCUGCUUUCCAAGUUUAACGGAGGAAGACACGGUGGUCUACUUCUACUCUGCAGAUUUGCGUUUAAGCUGCAGCUGCGUUGAGUCACGUAUGCAGUGAAUAUUUAUGAAGCUGACUCAGAGCCCUGAAGAGAAACAAUGACCACGUUAGUUUAUGCCGCCUCCGUCUACACGGCCACUAUAUCUAGUGGCCGUGAAGUGAAGUCCUCUUCUGCUUUCGCGACGUCGCUCCUCCCAGCUUCAAUGUCGCCCUUAUCAUUUACCACCUUCACCUCGUCUCCUAACACCAGUCCAAACUGCACGUAUGACAACUCAACGCUCAGUGCCUCUCUGGCGGUCUUCUACUCCCUGUUCUUCUUCUUCGGACUUGCAGGGAACCUCUUUGCACUCUGGGUCUUCCUCUUCUUACAUUCAAGCCGCAACUCUGUGCGAGUAUUCCUCAUCAACUGCGCCGUGGCUGAUCUGGUCCUGCUGGCGUGUCUCCCAUUCAGGAUCUUCUAUCACAUUAAUGGAGACAAAUGGGUGCUUGGACCGGUAGCCUGCAAGACGGUGGGGAACGUAUUCUACAUGAACAUGUACAUAAGCAUUGUAUUACUGGGCCUCAUAAGCUUGGACCGACAUUUGAGGAUGCAGGGGAAAGGCAGAGUGCGAAGAGGCAUGAGUCGGCCGUGGAGCUGCGCGGCGUGCGCCGCUCUGUGGGGCUUCUCGCUGUUGGGAACGCUGGUCAUGAUCUCCACGCCAGAGGACGAAGAGGACAAUAGCAAAUGCUUCCAAUAUAAGCAGCGACGCAGCGUCCCACUAAAGGCCUACUUCAACUUACUGAUCGUGGGGUUUUUCUGGCUCGUCUUCGCCAUGCUCGUGGUCUCCUACGCGAGGAUCGCCUCCCGGCUGCUGAGGGUGUCCCGGGACAGGCCGGACCUGCCGAACUCGCAGAAAUACAAACGGACCGCCAAGAAGUCCUUCUUCGUCCUUUUCCUUUUCACUUUAUGUUUCGUGCCCUACCACGUCUUCCGCCCCGUCUACAUCCUCUCGCAGCUCAAUGACACUAGAUCUUGCAGCUACUUGCAGAUGGUAGACCACACCAACGAGGUGAUGUUGUUAUUCUCCGCUUUCAACAGUUGUCUGGAUCCUAUCCUGUACUUUCUACUAUCCGGCUCAGUGCGCAAGGCUGCCAUCCAAGCACUGGCACGCCAGUUCGGCAGCAGGCUUCUUUUCGUGAAUGUCGCGACGUCUUACAGCUCAACAACGGAGUUCAGACGUCCAUCUGUGCCUUUGGCUUAGGCUGACCCAGAACUAAACAUCCUGGGUACAAGUAUCUGUGUCACCGCCUCAGCCCUUUCCCCCCAGGACUGACUUUGCACUUUCUGGCUACGAGUGAUUGUAAAUACUGAAGGAAUGAAAACUAGAAAAAAAAUUAACAAAUAAUAUAAGGUGAUAAACAUUUAAAGGAUCUACUGUAAAUUCUUAUUGGUGGUUGAGAGAAAAGGCUUUGUUGUUUGUUUUCCUUAAUGAUCGCUACAAUAUUUGAUAAAAAUAUUUAAAUUAGAAGGACACAGGAGCUCAUUUGCUUAAGAACAGUGUACAAAGCAAUGACAUCCAUUUUCACUUUUCUCACUGUAAACUUUGGCUGUUUUCUUGUUUUUAAAUACUAAACCUUUGGGCGAUUUUCACAUAAACACUGAACGAGUUUCCUUUGGAACCAAGGCUGUUCAUCCCUUUGAGACUGUGCUGCCAAAUAGCUGGUGGGUGGACCUUCGACAUGGUUUGAGGCCAGUCCAUCUGGUCUUACAGUGUCUGUUGCUUGUGUUAAUCUUGUUGAAAACAGUGGCUGAUGCUAAUCUUACAAACAAAUCCAGAUCAGCGAUUCGCAUGCAACGAGACCUAAGGUAAUGUGUGGAUGAGCUUUGUGUGUGCUCAAAGCUACUUAUUUUUAAAGAGCUGUUGUGUGAGAGGUCUGAUGUACAGCAUAUUCAUUGCCAUUUUUCUAAAAAGGUUAAACCUUCCUCUGACCUUUGGUUUCAGUCUGGUGACACAUUCUGUAGUUUCAGCAGUCGCGGAGGGGAAGUACUCACCUUUACAUCGCGAUGAAUCACAUUGUUAUCGUGACAGUACCGAAGUGCCUCUAAAAUCUGCCUCAUGUAGUGACUGUAUGGACAGAAAGCCCACUCUUAUCAAAAGUCAUGAAUAUUAACUGAGUGUUCUAUUUUAAAGAUUGCGUGCGUGUCCUACCUGGCCACUGCUUCACUGUACACAAACCCAGCAUCAGCUCUCUUCACAAUUUCAAAACACAGGUCGGCCCCAUCCAUACUGUAAGAGAUUAAAAAAUAGAAGAAAAUGUCAGCGAGGAGUCCACUGAGAGAUACCAGAUCCCUCAAGAACAGAUGAACUAGCAACUAGCAUUUUAAACAGAGUACACAUACAAUUAGAUACAUCAGGGAGCUAUCAGGAUCUGCUUUCUCUAGCAAGAGGCACUAUAUUCACUAGCACUCUUCAUGUGUUGCAGUCCCCAGGGAAGUAUUUAGUACUUUGAUUAUUUUGUGUUGAUUAUGUUUUAAAAUCAAAUUAAAUCAAAUUAAAUGUUAUAUUUAGAUAAAAUAAAGCCUAAGCCUAAGUAUUCUAAUGUGCUUUUUUAAUGACUUAUUACUCAAUUGUUUUUUUGCCAUGAAAUCAUUCAGCGGGUCUGUAACCAGUAACAUUACCACAAAUCACCACAGACCCGCUAUGAAUCACCUUCAAACGUGUAGAGCGAAAGGAAGGACUGAUCAGCAGCUGCACAUGAGGUUAACUAUACCGGUACAUGAGCGUUUCCUGCUCUGGUUAAAACCAUUCAUGCGAGAUGCAGAAACAAAAAGGUCAGAAUCUUGUUAAUGCAUGCCUGAUUUCAUGAAAUAUCGUGUCUGACAGAGUGAUACACACUUACAAUUCAAAGACCAUGUAGAGCAUGCCAUCAGAGCUGUAGGUCUCCAGCAGUUCCACGAUGUGAGGGUGCUUCAGCAUGUGGCAGAUACUGGCCUCUCGCUUCAGAUCUGCCAGACAAAAUUAGACACAUUAUGAAACACCAAAAUCAUUUAUUAAAGUUUUUAUUUAAAUACUACAAAUACUAACAAAUAUAAUUUUUCCUAAUAAAUCUGUGCAUCGCUA